AUGCUUGCCCAUUCGUCUGCUGAUCACUUGGCGAGUCAGUAUAUCAAUCAAAUGCAUCGGCCGGCCGAUGGGCCAAUCAGACAUGUCUGCAAUGGACUGAAACCCCGCUGUCCCCUUGACUACCCUCCCCUGCAUACUGCGGCCCUGUCGACUCAUCGACAGACCAUCUGUAUGCCUUGUCUGGAGGCGGCGACUGAAAUGUGUCUGACAUCUGGGGAUCUUCGAACGGUUAGGCGACCAGAACCACCAGCUCACCUCAAGCCUCCCAAACUGCCGUCGGCUUUCGUCGGCCCGGUCGCGACGACCCAUCUGUUGCCAGGGCAUCUGCUGUCCGACUAUUUGACUAGCUUGACGAGUCUGCGGAGAUGCCUGCCUCGGUGGAAGUGCAAGUGCAAGUGCAUGUUUCCCCUACACUCUUCACGUCAGCCGAGAAGACCAAGCAGAAACCCAGUCGGUUGGCAAGAGUAA